AUGGGCGGAAAGGAGGUGGAGGUGCUUUCGAUCAGCGACGGCAGCUCCCUCCAGAUUUGCCGCCUGGUGCAGUUGGACGAGGAUGAGUGGCGGGACUUGAAGGACUUCUUGUCUGCCAGUCCUGGCACCGCGCACGCGCUGCAGGGCAUCGCCAGCAACGCGGAGGCCCUGCAGGGCUGGCUCCAGCUGCGAGCUGCGGCGGAGCAUUAUCAGAUCAAACUGGGCCGGAAUGAAGCGUUGCAGCACCUCUCAGAGGCGUUGGAAGCAGACGAGGAGCUGGCUCCGGUCUUUCAGGACAUUCGUGAGAACGGCGUGCAGGCGACACUGAAGUACUCAGAUGCGGCACUAAUGGUAAAGAUUAGCAAAAAACUGCGAAGCUACCACGCGCAGUGGGAAAGUCUGCUGCAAAAGUUGGAACAGAUGCCAUUUCCGCUGCACGAGGUGGCCAAGGAGGGCGACGAGCGGCUCCUGUCGCAGCUGCUCCAGCGCCGGCGGGCGAAGUUGACCUCGGACAUCGACGCCCAGGACGGCAAGGGCAUCACCGCUCUGGGCUACGCCGUGUGGGCGGGGCACUUUGGCGCCACCAAGCUCUUGAUCGAGCAUGGCGCUGAUCCCUAUGCAGUUGACAGCUGCGGGAAUACCUGCGUGCAUUACGCAGCGGGCUAUGGCCGAAAGGAUUUGUUAGAGUACCUCCUGGAGUUUGGCUUCAGCAUGCACCGCUGCAACACAGAAGGCUUGACUCCCAUGGCAGUGGCAGUGGAGAGCAAACAGGAUCUGACCAUCCAGGUGUUAGACACCUGGGGCUUGUGA